AUGCUCAAAUACAAGCACGUAUUAAACAAGAGUUUAACUACAUUACAAGCUGUUACUCACAUUGAGUAUCUAUCAUUACGCAAUGGUGAUAAUAUUGUAAGACCAGCUCCUCACCCUUACGAAAAUGAGAUGGACAUAAAGAUUUUAAAAGCCUGGCAACUAUUCAAUGACAGGACCUUAGAUGUUCCGAAUUUUUUGGCUUGUGCGAGCAAAUUUCUAAAAGCUUUCCAACGGGAUAUCACUCAAAAUUCAGAGGAUGAAAAUUUUGCUGGCCAGAAAAUAAACGUGCCUGGCAGUAAUGGUGGUAUUAUUGACGGUAAUUUUGAUGAUCUCUUAAUAUUUCAAGAGCUGGAUAUAAUGCAAAAUUAUUGACGAAAUUUCA